AUGAACCAGAUGCUGUUAGGAGAAAAACUGCCUGUGGUGGGAAAUGCCAUGGAGCAAGAGAUCUCUCGUCUCCGUCCGUCCCGACCAUGCUACCUCCGUCUCGCCUACACCCCCCUGAGCCAGGAAGGUGUCCGGAGAUCCAGCUGGAGCUCAGAGCUGGUGGAGAAGCCUCAUGACAGGGAGAAGCCGCACAAGUGCUUGGAAUGUGUGAAGAGUUUCAGCUACAGCUCCGCCCUGAUGGAACACCAGAACAUCCACGCUGGGGAGUGGGAAUGUGGGAAGAGCUUCAAGCCCGUGGCCAAUCGCUCCCCAGCAGUGGCGAGAGCCAAUGAGAGCGCGCGGCGCUGCCGAGCCCGCCCCGCUCCGGACUGGUGCUCCCAGCGCAGCGCGGCUGCUUCGGGGCUGCGGCCCCUGCCCGGCGCUGGCCGUGGGGCGAGGGGCGGCAACCGGGGCCGGACUGGUGGCACUGGUGGUGCUGGGAGCGCCCCCGGCUGCGGGCGCGGAGCUCUCGGGGAUGAGAUUGAAGAGUGUCACUUGUUGAACGGCACGGAGAAGGUGAGGUUCGUGGAGAGGUUCAUCUACAACCGGGAGCAGUUCCUGAUAUUGGACAGCGACGUCGGGGUGUACGUGGGGUUCAUCGCCUAUGGGGAGAUGAAUGCCAAGCGCUCUAACAGGCACCCGGUUCACAUGGAGUACUACCGGGCUUUGGUGGACACGCAGUGCUGGCGAAACUACGAGCUUUAUGCCCCGUUCACAACGGUGGAGCGCCGAGGGGAGCGCGGGGCAGAGCGCGUCCCCUCGGACCCUGCCCUGCAAAUGACCCUGGAGCUCCUGAAAUUCCCAGUAUCUCUCGAGUCUGGGAAUCGCCUCAGAGGCCGCAGCCCUCCUUGUGCCCAUCACUGGGACAUCCUCUCCCACCCAGUGACCCCCCCGUGGCUCCUCCAGCCCAUCCCAGUCCAUCCCGAUCACUCCCAGUGCUCCGCGGCGCGUCCAUCUCGGUCGAGCGUGGAGAUAACUAACGCCUCUCAGCCAAUCACAGCUCGUCCCUCCGAUGACCCAUCUGUUGCUAGGAUGAUCCGCAGAUCCGAGUGCCCCGAGCUGGACUCGGCCUCGCGGCGCCGCGCACGUCAUUGCCAGUUCCAUCCCAGUCCAUUCCCAGAUCCCUCCCAGUGCCACCGCAGUCCCUCCAACUCCCUCCCAGACCCUCCCAGUCUAUUCCCAGUCCACUCUCCGACUUCCACGCUCUCUCCCAGUGCCAAGUGCCCCUCCCACCUUUCUCAGUGCCACUCCAGUCCCUCCCAGUUCAUUCCCAGACCAUCCCAGUCCUUCCCAGUUCCAACCAGCCCCUCCAAGUCUAUUCCCAGUCUAUUCCCAGUUCACGACAAGACUUCCACCGUCUCUCCCAGUACCCCCCAUCCUCUCCCACCUCUCUCGGUGCCACUCAACUCCCUCCCAGUCCAUUCCCUGUCCCUCUCCACCCCACUAAAGCCCUCCCCUCUCCCAGUGCUCCCCAGCUGAUUCCAGUGUGUCCCCACUCUCUCCCUCUCCCCCAGUGCCCCCAGUGUGUCCCUCUUGCUGGUGCCCUCGAGCUCCCAGCCCGGCCCCGGCCACCUGCUCUGCUCCGUCAUGGAUUUCUACCCUGCCCACAUCCAGGUGUGCUUGCUGUGCAUCCACGGUCUCACACCUGCUUCACCACCCCACAAUGGCCCAUGAAUUUCCCCAUCUCUUGGCCAAAUGAACUUUCUGAGCUAACUCUGGUGAUCCCCCCACGGAAGAUCCCUCAUCUGCCUCAUGACCACCAUCAAGGACGGAGACUGAAGCCCCCUCCCAAGGAAUGAGACUGAGACCCUUAUAAUUCUAACACAGGAUGCUGGUCUGACGGAAGUGGGAUGUCUGCCAAGUGUUGCCUGCAGCAGAGGACUAUAAGAGACCCCUGAGUUAACCAAAGAAUUUGAGAUUCUCCUCGAUGUGACAAGACGGAUCUACUGGCCGGACCACAGGGAUUUCAUCUCUCCAUUGGCAGCUAUUCCCCCCAGCCCUUCUUUUCCUCUCUCUCUCUCUAUCCUUUAUCUCCUUUCUAAUCCUUCUAUCACAUUUGCUGUGGGCACUCAGUAAAGGUGCAUUUGUUUUGAUGAAUACUGAAAUCCCCUCUGUGUUGUUUUGCACUCUGAGAUCAGUUAAUGAACCAUCACAACCCCACUUGUACAAGUGGAUCAUGGCAGGCCGCGCCGUCCUGGGCCCUCCUUCUGAAAACGGCGCUGACCACGCUGUUUAAGAUUCCCCUUUUUCCCACCAAUUCCUUCUCCUCUGGUCCCAAACCUCCCCUUCCCCCCUACCUACCUCUCCCCCUUCCUGCUGUGCCGCUGCAGCUGGCCCUGCCCCGGGCCCGCGUGGCGCGGCUGCGAGCCCCGUGCAGGAGUCAGCCGGCCUCACCACCACCCUGUGAAAAACCAAUCACUUGUUUUAAAAAUUUAAAUGUUCAAUAGUAAUAAAAUAGUUACAAAAACAGGAAUAAAAAAAUAGAACAGUAAGAACUUGGACAAUCAGAGUUAGGACAAUAAAAAAGCAAAGAAUUA